AUGAAUAAAUUGAAGCCAAUUGUCCUUUACUGUCAUGGUCUUGGUGCAACAGUCCGAAGUGGUAUUACAUUAGUUGCUAAAAAAUUUGUGGAAAGUCGAGGAUUACAAUUUAAAAGUAUUAAAUAUCAAAAUUCUGAAUGUAAAAACUACAUUUGGAAUGUUGAUGAUUGGCUUAAUGAUUUAUUAAUGAAUAUCGAUGAAUGUACCAAACAACAACGAUUAUGCAUACUUUUUGGUUGUAGCGCUGGUUGUCAUAGUAUACUUCGUGCUACAUUAUUAAAACCAUAUGCAAUUCAUGGCUUAAUGCUUUUAUCACCUGGUGUAGGCCUUGAUCUAGAAUCAUAUAUUCAUAUUGUUAUGCCACAAUUUUGGACAAAAAUUUUGGCUGGCAAAAAUGUCCCACAUCCUUCGGCCGCUAAACAUAUUUCGCCAAUUAUGAUCAAUCAACAAUGUCUACAACAUUUUGUCGAUGUCUGUAUUUAUGCUUUGAAAACAACUAUUAAUUAA